AGUACUACUAGUAGUAGUAGUAGAAGAAGACGAAGAAGCACCACACAGGCACAAUAAGGUCGCUGCUCACUAUUUUUAACAUUUAGUCCAUUAAGUUUAACAACAACUAUGACUCAGGCGGAGAAAGAGCAGGACAACGGGAAGGAGAAAGAUAAGGAACGAGACAAGGAGAAAGAGAAGGAGCAACAGCGCGGGGUGAAAAGACCCAUCGCUCCUCCGACCAUCCCAGACCCCCUUCAGGAGCAAAUACAGAGCAACUUUGUAGUUGUCAUCCACCCUGGUUCAAGGACACUCCGCAUUGGCCGAGCAACAGACACCCUUCCAUUGACAAUCCCACAUGUGAUAGCGCGCAGGCACAAGCAGAGUGGACAGCCCAGAUAUGAAGAUGCCUGGCUGUUGAGAGAAGGUCUAAAUAAACCAGAGAGUAAUGAGCAGAGGCAGAAUGGGCUUAAAAUGGUCGACCAGGCCAUCUGGUCCAAAAAGAUGUCAAACGGAGUGCGGAGGACACCUGUGUCGGCUGAACAGGCCAGGGCUUAUAACUGUCAGAUCCGUCCGGCGGUACUAGACAGCAGCUCCAGGGUGAAGUGGACCAACACAGCCCACCAUCCUCCUCAUCUGGUGGGAGAGGAGGCUCUUCAUGUGAAUCCAUCUGACUGUUAUAACAUCCACUGGCCUAUGGUCAGAGGUCAGCUCAAUGUGCACGCUGGUCCCGGAGGCUCGCUGACCGCCGUCCUGGCUGACUUAGAGACGAUCUGGAGUCACGUCAUUCAAAAGCAACUGGAUAUCCCCCUCAAAGACUUAAAGUAUUACAGAUGCAUCCUAUUGGUCCCUGACAUCUACAACAGGCAGCACAUCAAAGAAGUUGUCAACAUGCUGCUGCUUAAUAUGGGAUUCUCAGCCAUCAUAGUGCACCAGGAGUCGGUGUGUGCUACUUUUGGCAGUGGGUUGAGCAGUGCUUGUGUCGUGGAUGUUGGAGACCAGAAGACCAGUCUUUGCUGUGUAGAGGACGGGGUUUCCCACCGAAACUCUAGGUUGUGUUUGGCAUAUGGUGGCUCAGAUGUGACCCGUACUUUCUUCUGGCUCCUGCAGAGGGCGGGCUUCCCCUACAGAGACUGUCAGCUGUCCAGCAGACUGGACUGUCAACUGCUGCAGCAUCUCAAAGAGAUCUUCUGCCAUCUAGACCAAGACAUAUCAGGACUACAAGAUCAUGAAUUCCAGACACGUUUGCCUGAAUCCCCAGCUCUUCUCUACCAGGUUCGACUAGGAGAUGAGAAACUAGAGGCACCAAUGGGUCUUUUCUACCCGACCACAUUUGGCAUUGUGGGUCAGAAGAUGACAUCACUUCAAUACCGUUCCCAAGGCGACUCAGAGGAUCCUCAUGAUGAACACUACCUGCUGUCCACACAGAGCAAACAGGACCAGUCCUCAAAAUCAGCUGCAGACCGGAAGGCCGUUUCCAGACCAGGUGGAGGUUUGGAUGGUGAGAUGAGCGGUCAGGGAGGAGUCGGGGAGCUCUCUGACCUGCCCAGGGGCUGUGGGAGUGGCGGCAGUGGAGGAGGAAUGAAGGGGGAGAUGGAGCUCGGACCUGCCCAGGGGGAGUGCCUGAUGGGUGCAGGAGAGGUGGAGGAGCCCCUGUCUGCUCACCUCUCCAGGAAGACCGCUAUCAUGAGCCAAUUUGAGAGCAAAGCACUGGGUCUGGAUAAGGCCAUCCUGCAUAGCAUCGACUGUUGUGCAUCAGACGAAACCAAACGCAAGAUGUACAGCUCCAUCCUGGUAGUGGGAGGAGGGCUCAUGUUUCACGGUGCUCAGGAGUUUCUGCUUCACCGCAUCAUCAACAAGAUGCCGCCGUCAUUCAGGAGGCUGGUAGACAACGUGGAAGUCAUCACAAGGCCAAAGGACAUGGACCCUCGGCUGAUAUCAUGGAAAGGGGGGAGCAGUGCUGGCGUGUCUGGACACCACCCAGGAGAUGUGGAUCCACCAGGGGGAGUGGCAGCGCUUUGGUGUCCGCAUGCUUCGUGAGAGAGCUGCCUUUGUCUGGUGAAACCAAACAACAGAUUUUACCUGAAUUUACACCUCGUCUACGUGAGGAGGCAUAGCGUGGGAGGAGUGGGCAGCAUGUAAGCGGACGCAAAUGUUAAAAUCACAACACCAUCUCUAGUGGGAAAGUAUGUUGAAAAACGUCAUCCGUCUUAAUUUUCAGAUGUGUUGGCUGUUUCAUCCACCAAAAACACAAAUGAGGUCAUUGUGUUUACUUGUUAAUAUUCUGUAAAUAUUACUGCUUUUCCUGUUUAUGGAAGUUUGUGUAAAUAAAGCCUUGGACACUUGGAUAAACAA